AUGGCCUUCACUGCCAGACGAGUUGCUCGUUCGCUGGGAGGUGUCGCAGCUUUGGGCAGUGCUGCCUUCGUUGCUCGGUCUGUGCCAGCGCAGUGUGACGACAAGGAUCCUCCGCAUCCCCCGCGAUACCCAUUCUGGAUCAAAUCAAUAUUCCAUGCCCAUGAGAUCCCAAGCGUUCGCCGCGGCUACGAGGUGUAUCGACAGGUUUGCGCAACUUGUCACUCGAUGAAGCAGCUUCACUUCAGACACUUGGUGAACUUUGUUCUUCCAGAGAAGCGUAUGAAGGAGAUUGCCUCCAGCUACGAUGUAGUGGACGGACCAAACGACGAAGGGGAGAUGUUUACUCGGCCGGGCAUCCUUGUGGAUGCCUUUCCAUCGCCGUAUCCAAACGAGGAGGUGGGCCCCGGCCAGAUCUCAGCGUUUAUACCACGGCCAAACAUGAAGGCGGGUGCUGCCGUGAUCCGCUGCCAGAUCUUGAAGCCUACCGAGAGGCUUGCUGGCCAGUUGGAGUCCGAAUCGCACAAGAAUUUAUUUGACAUGGUUGUGGGUCAAAGCAAGGGGGGCUUCAUGAUCCUCACCACUCACGGUGGCAAGAAGGUCGAAGGCAACAUCAGAAACGGCGAACGAGUGCAAGCGACCAGCACCUCUGACGAUUUACCAAGUUUCAUGCGGCAGCUUUGCGAAGUAUCGUUGCAGCGCCAGGGCGCGCACAAUGAGCUUUUUCCUCGACCAUGCAAAAAGGUCGUGAACUUUCUAUGCUGGGCUGCAGAACCAGCACACGAUGAGCGCAAGCUGAUCGGUUUGAAGGCCAUGUCCGCCUGCUUUGUCGGGACAUUCAUUGUUGGAUUUUGGUACCGCAGUAUGUGGAUCGGGCAGAUGCCUUACGGGUUCAAGACCCGGAGAAUUGAUUUCACGAAGGCCGUCAUGUCCGAUCCUCACCCAGUGUGGUCGAAUGAGUUUAACCGCCUGAAAUCACAUGGUGUUGAUGGAGAGGCAGUUUGGGGAGAGUGGUUUGCGGCAUCCUUGGCAUCAACCAAUGUCAAUGGGGCCUCCUUGCCCCAGGCGCAGACCCACGUCGAGGAGCCCGUGCUGACAUUGGCGACGCUGCAGCGGCUUGCCACUCCAGAGGAAUUGUCUCUGGACUUUCGGCACAUUGCCACGCUCUGGAAAUUAGAUUCCAAUCGGGAUGGUGUGGUCACGUUCGAGGAGCUUGUGACUUUUGCAGAAUUCUGCAAUGAUCAGCGGAUGAUGCUUGGAGACCUGGAGCUCUCUCAAAAGCUGAAGGCUCUUUGCGUUAUGGAGAUGAUUGCAGAUGUGUGCGAUGAGGACGGUCAAGACGUCUUCGUGGACUGGAUGCUCAAGCUUGUGGCCCAGGACAUGUCCCCUCGGCCAUUUCGCAUGAUGCGAAUACCAGUUGAUGCCCAAGACGCUGGUAGGCCAACCUUCUACGUCCACAUGGAUGUGGUCAUGAACCUGUACAAUCUGCUGAAGCCCUGCCAAAUAUCAAGCCACACAAACAUGCAAGACUUUGUUGACUUGCUCCAUCAGAUUGGGGAGAGCAUGAACCUUCAGCCGCUCAUGAUCAAGGAUCUUGAUGAAUGGGUGCCUCUUGAAGUCGUGUAUCACUGGUUGAAGCGCUUUGUCGCAGCUUUCACGGACCUCUACAAAGAGCUGGGUCUGUUCAUCGAUACAUAA